GCAUGUUUCCCAGACAGCCUCCUAAAGAACAGGCCGUUCAAAACCAACCAGGAAGUCGAGCCUGAAUCCCCCUCAAGUUUUCCCAUGGAAAUGGCUUCCUGAAGUCCAAAGCAGCUGAAUGGUCGGCCCCAUCGAAAAUUGGAGCUCUGACAAUUGGAGCUCUGACCCUGCCCUCUUGUCAGGGGAUACAGCUGUUACCGACUCCUUCUGCAGCUUUAAAAUACAGUGUUCCUUUGUUAUGCAAGAGAGCUUCUUGGGGGGAAGAGGAAGGGACCUUUGGAGUGCUUACGCAAGAGACCUGUGGGCAGACAUAUACCCGUAGUAUGUACUCAGUCUAUGCACACUAUGUAAGACCUGGGUGGACCAUCCCCUGUAUUUUGGUUAGCGCGCAAAGAACGGGACCUGAGCCCUAGGACCAUGCCUCAGGACUACCGGGCAUGAUGACUCCUUGCUGUCCCCAGUCCACCUGGCCAUGCUGCUGCUCCAGUUUCAACUGUUUUGCCUGGUAAAAAACAACUGAAAUCAUGGUUUCCCCAAUCAACUCAUCUGACUAUGAUGACUACAAUGAUUCAGUGGUGAUACCAUCUCAGUCCCCAGUCAUCUAUGAGAUGUAUCAGAUGAGGACUGGCUUGAGAUUAAUGUAUGUGUCGGUCUACGCAGCCAACCUUCUACUGGGUCUACUGCUCAACGCUGCCGUCAUCUUCAUGAUUGUCUGGAAAUACAGGUCCAAGAAGAAACUGAGUCGACGGAUGUUGAUCAUUGGCUUGGCUGCCACCCACCUCAUCUUCUGCCUCUUCACUCCACUUUACUUGAUCACAGCCUGGAACUACUUCUCCUGGACAUUUGGGAAGGUUGUCUGCAAGUUGGGGUCCUUCGUGAUGUUUAUGAACAUGUUCUCUGCCUCACUGAUGAUCACUUUCUGGAAUGUGCGCUGGUGUGUCCCCAGAUGUUUUGAACAUCACAUGUCCAGCAGCAUGGUUCUGCUGUCCUGGUUCACUGGGGCCAUACUAAGCGCCCCCUCUUUACUGUCCAGGGAGGUUCAGUAUACUGCCGAUGGACACCUCUGCCUUGACAACUAUGAUUAUACUGAAAAACGCCAGAUCUCUAAAGAGGGUAAGGAGAGAAUGAUGGCUGUGGUGAGCUGUCGCUUAAUUUUCGGGCUGCUGCUCCCUUUGGGUGUGACGUGUGUCAGCCGUUGCUGCAUUAACAGCAGGGGAAAUAACCAAGUGAAGUCAUUGGUUAUUCGACCUGUGACUAUUGCCCAUUUCCUAUGCUGGGCUCCUGUCCUCUGUCUAUCUAUGCCGCAAAUCGCAAUGGGGAUAGACAACAAAUGGUUCAAAUACGUAUUGCCCACAGCCACUGCCCUGUCAGUCUUAAACAGCUGCAUCUAUCCUAUCAUCUGCAUCUGGCAAGGAAAUAAAGAACUUAAGCAUAACUUUCGCUCACAGCCUGAAGAGACCCCUCAGACAGAGGACGAAGGAGAGGAGGGCCAUGAGAUGACUUGCCUGGAUAGGGAGCACAAUGUCCUUGAACAGUAAUGGAAAUACAACAUACUUUUCCAGCUUGAAAUGUACUUGUAAAUGUCAUAUACAAUAUUUUGGUCUAUAAUUUUUAUGAAUUGUAUACUCACAGUAUGCACAGUAUAAUUACACAUUGUUCUAAAUCCCUCUUGAUCAAGGUAACAAAUGUCUUAUUUUUUUAACCUGUAUUUCUUUUCUUUUCAAAUGUUAAUUAAAUAAAGAUUUGAUGAAAUAUAUAACCAUUAA